AUGGACCGUGCGAAUCUCUCGAACGCCAUUGUCGCUGGUAUGGGCCUCGACGUGAGUUCUCCCGCGUUCACACAAGACGAUGCUGCUUCUGGUGGAGCUGACACCAUCGUUCCAUCGACUGGGGUACCAACUACGCCUUUUGGCAGCCAGUCCUCGGUCAUUGUCGGUGUCUUCUUCCCCACCUACGUCCUACUGCAACCGCCUUCAACUGGUGUGAUCCGAAACAUCAGACCCAGAAUCAUUUUGCCAACUAUUACACUACUGCGGGGUAUGACUCUGCUGGCCUUCGGCUUCAUCAGGGAUUAG